CUUCCCACCAUCGUCACCAAAAAACUAACACCGCAGCAACGACGAAUUAGAAGUGAAAAACACCUAAAAUUGUCUCUAACUUAGCAGCCCUUCUCCUCUCACCAUGGCGACAACUUCCGAUGCUAUGGCCGUUAAGUCUCUCAACAAGUGCUCCGGCCGCCGCCGCUUUGUUUUCAAGAAUUUUUCGCAGCGAAUUCAGGACAUUGACAUUGAUGUAUAUCGGAGUCUUGAUCCUCUGAAAACUGAGCCUUCAGAAGGGUCCUCAUUUUUUCGUGACUGUCUUAUGCAAUACAGAGAAUUAAAUACAGCUGAGGAUUUUAUCUCGUUUUAUGAAGAAAUGUUGCCCUUGGUACAAACUCUACCUCAAAUUGUUCUUCAGAAGGAAUUGAUACUCUUAGAACUUCUAUCUAGAUUGAACAUGAAGGGAAGACUAUCUCUUGAGCCCAUUUUAAGGUUGAUUGCAGCAUUAUCUAGAGAUCUGGUGGAUGACUUUGUACCCUUUCUUCAGAGAGUUGCUGAUUCUUUGGUGGUUCUUCUAAAAAAUGGUGCUGAUAGAGAACCAGAAAUAAUUGAGCAGAUUUUUACAUCAUGGUCAUACAUUAUGAUGUACCUACAGAAAUACCUUACCAAAGACGUAGUUUAUGUUCUAAAGGUUACUGUAAAAUUGAGGUACUUCCCCAAAGACUAUGUGCAAGAAUUCAUGGCGGAGUCAGUAUCAUUCUUAUUGAGGAACGCAUCUGUCAAGCAACUUAAAAAAGGAAUUCAAAACUUAAUGAUUGAAGUUGUGAAGAAACCAUCAUUGACAAGAAAGUCUGGAAUCAGUUCCUUACUGUGGUAUGCCAUGAGGGGAACAUCAUCAAGGUUUCAUUCAAGGGCAGAUCAAGUAUUGCGCCUUCUGCUUGAUAACUCCCUAUAUAGCAUCGGCGAUCAUUUUAAUGGAGGUCCAGAAACCGUUCUUGAAGUUAUCAUUGGUGCUUUCCCCCAAACAUGUUUGUUAACUCCUUACUGUACCAGGAAACUCGCCAAAUAUCCUGGAGAGAAUGAGCUGAAUGUUUUUAAGCUGUUAUCCGUUUAUGUAGAGGAACCUUUAGCAGCAAGGAGAUUUGUUGAUGUUUUGCUUCCACUUUUAUCAAAGAAAUCUCAUGCUUGUGAUAUUUGUGUGGACACACUGCAGAUCAUCAAGAAUAUAGCAAGACCUUUAGGGGAUGAAAGCAUUAAAAAGAUUUUCAAAUCGAUUUCUCCACUUCUCAUUUCUGGUGAUCUUGAUGUCCGGGGUUCUGUUUGUGAUGUUCUUGAUGCUCUUGCCAGAAAUGAUUCAUCAUUACUUAAUUUGGCAAAACGUCUUCGUGAACUGAAUGCAACCUCUGCUUCAGAGAUGGGUGAUCUUGAUUAUGAUACUAUUAUUUCUGCUUAUGGAAAGUUGAAUGUAGUUUUCUUCCACAAUGCUGAAGAAGAACAUGCAUUAAUUAUUUUGUCAAAUUCUAUACGUGACAUGUCAUCUGAAGAUUUGAUUCUCAGGCAGAGUGCAUUUAGAUUGUUGUCAUCAUUUGUUGAAUAUUCUGGUCAAAUUCUUGAACAAGAAAUGAAACCUGAACAAGGGUGUUCUGGAUCCUGGGUUAUGUACAUAAUAAACAACUUUCUCUUAAAGCACAUGGGAAAUGCAAUGAACAAAGAAGGCGCAGCUCAAAAGCUAUGGAUUGGUCUACUGCGUGAAAUGGUUUUGAAGCUUCACAAGAUGGUGGAAUUCAAAACAUAUACUGUUCUCUGCAGUGAAGAUCCAGAACAGGAUUUUUUUAACAACAUUGUUCACUUACAGAGGCACAGAAGGGCAAGGGCUCUAUCUCGAUUUGGCAAUGUUGUUGGUUCUGGGAGUUUCUCUGAGGGUGUUAUGAAUAGAGUUUUUGUGCCACUCCUUUUCAAUAUGCUAUUAGAUGUACAAAAUGGGAAGGGAGAAAAUAUUAGAAAUGCAUGUAUAGAAGCUCUUGCAUCAAUAUCUAAAUGGAUGGACUGGAAUGCAUACUAUGGAUUACUUGUCAGAUGUUUCCGUGAGAUGACUCUGAAACAAGACAAACAAAAAGUGUUAAUGCGGCUUAUCUGCACCAUUCUAGACCAAUUCCAUUUUUCAGAAGCCAAUUUUGUUCAUGAAAUUGAAGGUUCUAUGGAGCAUAUGUCAGAUCCAGACAUUAGUAAAAAAAUAUCUGCAGUGUCAAGCACCUUUAUUAGCAAUGGUGACCUGUCUAAGAUUCAGAUUUGUCUCAAGAAAGACGUGCUUCCUAAGGUACAGAAAUUUUUGAUGUCUGAUUCUGAAAAUGUCAAUGUAACUAUCAGUUUAGUUGCCCUCAAGGUGCUGAAGUUACUUCCUGGUGACAUCAUGGAAUUGCAACUUCCAAGCAUUAUACAUCGUAUUUCUAACUUCCUUAAGAAUCGUUUAGAAAGUGUCCGAGAUGAAGCUAGAUCUGCCUUGGCAGCUUGCUUAAAAGAGCUUGGAUUGGAAUACUUGCAAUUUAUCAUCAAAGUCUUGCGAGGCACUUUGAAAAGAGGUUUUGAAUUGCAUGUUCUGGGAUACACAUUGAAUUUUAUAUUGACAAAAUUUCUUCAAAAUCCCACUAGUCUAAAUUUGGAUUAUUGUCUAGAAGAUCUUCUUUUUGUUGCUGAAAGUGAUAUACUUGGCGAUGUGUCAGAAGAGAAAGAGGUAGAGAAGAUUGCUUCAAAAAUGAAGGAGACUAAAAAGCAGAAGUCCUAUGAGACCCUCAAGUUGAUUGCCCAAAACAUCACAUUCAAAACCCAUGCCUUAAAGCUUCUUUUGCCUGUUACUGUGCAUCUACAGAAGCAGCUGACUCCAAAAGUGAAAACAAAAUUGGAGAACAUGUUGAAUCAUAUAUCUUCUGGUAUACAAUGCAAUCCAUCUGUGAAUCAGAAAGAGCUCUUUGUGUUUGCAUAUGGUCUCAUCAAGGAUGGCUUAAAGGAUGAACAUUUUGGCCAUGAAGACACACUCAUCUCAGAUGAAGGCAAACAAAAUAAAGAUGAAGUGAGGGCUGAAAACACUAAUUCAAAUAGAUUGAUCAGUGUUGAUCGGCGAUAUUCUUAUCUGAUUACAGAAUUUGCUGUUCGGAUACUGCAGAACUACCUAAGGAACAUGGAGCUAGACAAAGAGGAUGAGAAGUUGUUAUCAAUGUUAGACCCUUUUGUCAGGCUAUUGGGUGAUUGUUUGAGUUCAAAAUAUGAAAAUAUCAUAUUUGCAGCGCUAAAAUCCCUAUAUUCAAUAGUCAGGCUGCCUUUGCCAACCCUUGAAAAUGAAGCUAACCGGAUAAAGAAUUCACUGUUGGAUAUUGCCCAAGGUUCAGUAAAUGCCAGUACUCCGUUGAUGGAAUCAUGUAUUAAAUUGUUAACAGUGCUUCUGCAAAAUACCAAAAUGACACUUUCUGAAGCACAGCUUCAAUCACUUAUCCAAUUCCCAUUUUUUGUUGAUCUUGAAAGAAAUCCCUCAUUUGUGGCUCUCUCUCUUCUGAAAGCUAUAAUAAAGAAAAAGUUGGUAGCUCCUGAAAUCUAUGAUGUCGUCAAGGGUGUUGCGGAAUUGAUGGUGACCAGUCAAGUUGAAUCAAUUCGCAGGAAGUGCAGUAAGAUUUUUCUACAGUUCUUAGAUUGCUAUCCAAUUUCGGUGAAACGCUUUCAGCAACAUCUUGAUUCCUUACUUGCAAACCUGAGAUAUGAACAUUCAACUGGUAGAGAAGCUGUUCUUGAAAUGCUUCGUGCUAUCAUAGUGAAAAUUCCAGACAGAAUACAAGAGCAGUCUCAGACUAUUUUUAUGCAUUUGGUAAUAUGCUUGGCUAAUGACCAAGAUAACAAAGUCAGGUCUAUGGCUGGUGUUUCCAUAAAGCUACUUGCAGAGAACAUGAAGAAAUUUGGGUCACUUACGUCUAUUAUUGAAUAUAGUUUUUCUUGGUAUAGAGGUGAGAAACAGCAUUUAUGGAGUUCUGCAGCACAGGUUUUGGGAUUAUUGGUGGAAGUGAUGGGUAACAGUUUUCAGGAGUAUGUUUCUGAUGUUUUAUCUGUUACGAAAAACAUCUUGCAAUCUGCUUGCGCUGCUCUUGCGAAUAGACAACUGGGCUUAUCUGAUGAAGUAGUUCCCCUCUGGAAGGAAGUAUACUAUUCAUUGGUUUUAUUAGAGAAGAUUCAUCAUCAAUUUACUGCAUUGUGCUUCACAGAGGAGCUUCAGGAUUUGUGGGAAACAAUCUGUGAUUUCCUCUUAUAUCCACACAUGUGGGUGCGCAGCAUAUCGGUCCGCCUUAUAGAUUUGUACUUUGCCAGAGUGACCAAGGCUUGCAAUGAAAACCAGGCACUGUUGUGGUCAUUCUUCUUAAUGGAGCCAAGUAGACUGUUCCAAAUUGCUGUUUCCCUCAUUUGCCAACUGAACAUACAGCUGGUCAAAGAUGCUGACGAGGCCCUAAUCACACAAAACCUUGUGUUUGCAAUUUGUGGUAUACAGGCAUUACUAGUACAUGGUAGUGGUCAUUCUGCCUUUGGCCCUGAGGAGCAAAGCCGCUUCCUGAAAGCUUUUAAUUUGCUUGAUCCAAAGAAGGGAAGAAGCAUCUUUACGGCUUUCAGCUCUUAUUACAGUGCUCAGGGCAAUGAACAGCAAACCAAGCACCAGGGCUCUAUGAUUGUCUCCUGUCUGCUUAAGAGAAUGGGGAAGAUUCCUAUUCAGAUGGAGGCACUGCAGACAAGAAUCGUCUUCAACUGUUUCAAAUCAAUGUCUAUCAAACUUCUUGACCAAUCGAGUGCAUUAUCAUCUGAAGAUGAGGUUGACUGCCAGAGCUAUGCUUAUCAAAUCCUGCUGCCUCUAUACAAAGUUUGUGAAGGACAAGCUGGGAAAGUAAUUUCAGAUGAUGUGAAGCAAUUAGCACAGGAAGUUUGUGAAAGCAUAAGAGAUGUGUUGGGAAUGCAGAGUUUUGUUCAAGUUUACAGCCAAAUAAGGAAAAAGCUGAAAGCAAAGAGAGAUAGAAGGAAACAGGAAGAAAAACUGAUGGCUGUUAUAAAUCCAAUGCGAAAUGCCAAGAGGAAGUUAAGAAUUGCAGCUAAGCAUAAAGCUAAUAAGAAGAGGAAAAUAAUGUCAAUGAAGAUGACGAGAUGAUGCAAUAGACUAUACCAGACUAGACUAGAGUCUAGCCGCCAUUUUUGUUGUAUAUAUUUACGGCGGUGUUUGCUAGCUACAAAUUGGAGCACACCAUAUCAACUCCAAUACGUACUAAUGCUUUUAUAUAAAUCUCACCAUCAAAUUUUAUUUUUAUUUCUAUCCAUAUAUCCUCAGUAUCCUAUCCAUCAAUCUAAGUGGGCGGGCAUACAUUACAUUAUGUUUCUGCCCUAAUCUUCUUGAAUGAAUAUGAAUUGUGAUAUGCAUGUGUUAACCAUUA